AUGCCCAGUGAUUGGAGUAACUUAACCUUUUUCUUUUCAGCCACUAAAGUUCUUGGCACUGUGAAGUGGUUCAAUGUCAGAAACGGAUAUGGCUUUAUCAACAGAAAUGAUACCAAAGAAGAUGUGUUUGUUCAUCAGACAGCAAUAAAGAAGAACAACCCACGGAAAUAUCUACGCAGUGUUGGUGAUGGAGAAACUGUAGAAUUUGAUGUGGUCGAGGGAGAGAAGGGGGCAGAAGCAGCUAAUGUCACUGGUCCAGAUGGAGUCCCUGUAGAAGGCAGCCGUUAUGCUGCGGACCGGCGCCGCUAUCGACGUGGUUGUUAUGGCCGACGCCGUGGACCACCUCGUAGUGGUGGUGAAGGAGAACUCAAGGAUGGGGUCACAGAAGGACAACUUCAUCAACAAGUCCAUAGGAAUCCUACGUAUCGCCCACGCUAUCGCAGAGGGCCCCCACGUCCUCGCCCUGCCCCAGGGGCUGGAGAGGCUGAAAACAAAGAGAACCAGCAUGAGGCCAGUGCUGUGAGUCAGCAGCCACUUCGCCGUGGGUAUCGGCGCCCAUAUAACUACCGGCGUCGACCUCGUCCACCCAAUGCCCCAACUCAGGAUGGGAAAGAGACAAAGGUGACUGAAACACCUGCUGAAAAUCCUGCACAAGUGACUGAGCAGAGUGGUGCUGAGUAAUGUCUGGCUCCCCAGGCACCUUUACCAUCCCUCAGGUGUCCUAAAAUGCAAAUAAAAUCGUAACACCAAAGAAACAUUCAAGCAAUAAGUAGUCAACAAUGAUGAGAAAGCAAAGAUUCAAAACAUUGGAACUUGAGAGAAAAAAUUUACCAGCAGCUGAGAUCCAGGGAACGCCUGCAAGAUAGAUGCAUGAAGAGAGAAAGAGAGCGAGAUUCAGAAAGAGCGACCUCCCCAGUUUCAACAGCAACUGUGGGGGCUUUUUUUUGUUAAGAAUUUCACUGUUUCGCUAGCAUUGAAUUUUUCAAUUUUUUCUUUUGGUAUCAAACUGAAAAGGGAAAAAACCCAACCAAAGAACUGAAAUUGAAAUCAAAUGCUUUUUUUAUUGGAUGCUGGUGCUAAACCUCCCAGGUGUGAUGAGUUGUUUUUUUUUCUGUGCCAGUCCUGUUCACUGCAGGACACGGGGAGGAGAAACUUCCGCUUUCCUUGGUAAGACCUAUUUGAAACUCUGCAGCAUGGGUGACGUUCCUCACAAAUAAAAGUGAUUUCAACUACAAAAAACAAACUAA